UGCAGAGUGGUGAGUGUGAUAAUAUAUCCAUAGCUAGUGAUCUUCCAUUUUUAGGCCCUCCUCAAUCUAUGGAGCUCCAAGAAUUCUGCCGGAAGCCCAAGCGUAACUCCUCCCAGACUCUCCGCCAGCUUUUCCAGCUCGCCGGGUCGCCGUCGGAGCACCACCAAGUCCUCUGCGUCCAUGAAUCUCCUUUCCGGCCGGCAUCAGUCCCCUUUGUUCUUUCCUUCCAUAACCUCACGUACAGCGUCAAAGUUCGCCGGAGGAUUCUGCCGGCGUGUUUCAGCAGGGCUCGCCGGAGCUCUGAGAAGUCUCCGGUGAAAAUUCUGCUGAAUGGGAUCUCCGGCGAGGCCAGGGAAGGCGAAAUCACGGCGGUUCUCGGCGCCAGCGGGUCCGGAAAAUCAACCCUGAUCGACGCGUUGGCCAACCGCAUCGCCGGAGACAGCCUCACCGGCGCCGUCACCAUGAACGGCGAAGCCCUGGAAUCGAAGCUCCUCAAAGUAAUCUCCGCCUACGUCAUGCAGGACGACCUCCUCUUCCCCAUGCUCACCGUCGAGGAGACCCUCACCUUCGCGGCGGAGUUCCGGCUGCCGGCGACCAUGCCCAGAUCCAGAAAGAAAUCCCGCGUCCAAGCCCUGAUCGACCAGCUCGGCCUCCGCAGCGCCGCCGCCACAGUAAUCGGCGACGAGUCCCGCCGCGGCGUCUCCGGCGGCGAACGGCGGCGCGUAUCCAUCGGCGCCGACAUCAUCCACGACCCAAUCGUCCUCUUCCUCGACGAGCCCACCUCCGGCCUGGACUCCACCAGCGCCCACAUGGUGGUCAAGGUUCUGCAGAGAAUCGCACAGACCGGCAGCAUUGUCGUCAUGUCCAUUCACCAGCCGAGUUACAGAAUACUCGGCUUACUGAACCGGCUCAUCAUUCUCUCCCAUGGACAAACCGUUUUCACCGGAUCACCAUCUCUCCUCCCUCAGUUCUUCCAAGAAUUCGGCAACCCUAUCCCGACAAACGACGAUAAGAUCGAAUUCGCCCUCGAUUACAUUCGGGAGCUCGAAUGUAAUCCAGGCGGAACCGAUAAUUUGUCCGACUUCAACAAGAAAUGGCAAAAGAAAAACAACCCUCCAAGAAACCCUAAUACAAUUGGUCCAAGAAUAUCCCUAAAAAAUGCCAUAAGUGCAAGCAUUUCGAUGGGGAAACUUGUUUCCGGACCAAAUAAUAACAACAAUCUCGAAUCUUCCAUCCCGAAAUACGCAAACCCCUUCUGGAAAGAAAUGAUCGUAAUUUCGAAAAGAUCGAUCCUAAAUUCCACUAGAUCACCCGAGCUAUUCGGAGCAAGAUUCGGAGCGGUUCUCAUAACCGGAAUCAUACUCGCAACAAUCUUCCGGAAGCUCGAAGAUUCCCCCAAAGGGGUUCAAGAAAGAUUAGGGUUUUUCGCCUUCGCAAUGUCCACAACAUUCUACACGUGCGCGGAGGCAAUCCCCGUAUUCCUUCUAGAAAGGUACAUCUUCAUGAGAGAAACUGCGUACAAUGCUUACCGUAGAUCCUCCUACGUAAUCUCCCAUGCAGUAAUCUCUAUCCCUGCUCUGUUGAUCCUGUCGGCGGCUUUUGCCGCCACUACUUACUGGGCGGUCGGAUUAUCCGGCGGAUUCUUCUUCUUCUACACAUUCGUGUUGGCAUCAUUUUGGGCGGGAAGCUCGUUCGUCACGUUCUUAUCCGGCGUUAUAUUUAACCUAAUGAUGGCUUACACGGUUGUUGUAGCUAUCUUGGCAUACUUUGUGCUCUUUAGUGGCUUCUUCAUAACGAGGGAUCGGAUUCCUUCGUAUUGGAUUUGGUUCCAUUACGCUUCUCUUGUGAAGUACCCUUACCAAGGGGUGAUGCAAAACGAGUUCGACGAUUCGAAGAGGUGCUUCAUGAGAGGUGUUCAGGUGUUCGACGGUACACCGUUGGCCGGUGUUCCUCACUCCGUCAAGUUGAAGAUGCUGAAAUCGAUGAGCGGGACUUUGGGGAUGAAUAUUACGGCGUCCACGUGUCUGACGAACGGAUCGGAUAUAUUGAAGAGGGCUGGGGUUAGUGAUGUGGAUAAAUGGAGUUGCUUGUUGAUUACCAUUGGUUUAGGGUUUUUGUUUAGGGUUUUGUUUUACUUUGCCUUGAUGAUUGGAAGCAAGAAUAAGAGGAAGUGAAGAAGGAUAUGUAUACUUAGGGUUCAUCAAGAUUAUCAUGUAUUAACUAAUUCAGUUGUUUAAUAAAGAAUUUAAGUGGUGUGUUUUCUUGUGUUUGUUUGUUGCUGAUUGUAGUUGCAAAGAGAUUUUUAAUUUUAUUUA